UGCCUAUAUAACCCGGUCUCCAACUCUUCGAAGGCUCAAGCAGUACGCAGCACAAUAACUCGUUCUCUCUCUACUUGAUCAAACACACACCUGAUUUUGGGAGAAUCAACAUUGGUAUCCAAAUGGCAGCACAGUUCUUCCUCCUUGCCCUAUUCGCUCUGUCCACUUGUCGUGCUCUUGCCUCCGACCCAGGCCAACUCCAGGAUUUCUGUGUCGCCGACAGAACAUCCCAAGUUUUCAUCAAUGGAUUUGCAUGCAAAGACCCGAAGACUGCCAUGGUAGAAGACUUCUACUUCUCUGGCCUUCACAUGGCCGGGAACACGAGCAACAAGCAAGGCUCCGCUGUGGCCGCAGUUAAUGUUGCACAGAUUGCUGGCUUGAACACUUUGGGCAUCUCCCUGGCCCGUGUUGAUUAUGCACCCUAUGGUCAAAAUCCACUCCACAUCCAUCCCCGC